AUGAAGCAGCAAGUGGUUGCGUUGUUCCUCCUGCGACUUGCGUUGUUAAUUGUAAGAUGUAAAGGAAAGCUAUACCCGAUACCCGAGGGAUGGAGAACUUUCAUCAAUGAGAGUGCCCCUGAAUCUCCAGGUGAUGGCAGGUCCGGAAGCUAUCGUUUGCUAAGCGCGGUCGCGGAAGGCAGGACUCCAAGAACACGCGAACUUCUGCUCAGCGACAAUGAGAAUUUUGGCUUAGCAUUCUUGAACUUCAACGGAACAAACAAGUACUACCUGGCAUUGAUGUUUGGCACUCGCAAUUCGUCCACAGCUGCCCCUGUCUGGAUAGCCAACCGGGACAUUCCAGUAACUGAGAAUUGCAUGCUUACCCGAGUGGAUGGCCGGUUGCAGCUGCUCGAUAGGAAUGGUUCUAUCGCGUGGUCCUCAGAGCAAAGCACUGCGUUCAUCGGCAUCGAGAAUUCGGGGAAUUUGCAGCUUUACAAUGAAUCUCGGAUCACCGUAUGGGAGUUUUUCGAUCAUCCGAGUAACGCACUCCUGCCAAAUCAAAAGUUAGUGACGGGACAGGUCCUGGUAAGUAACAAAGACGCUUCAGAUCCAAGCGAAGGUCCGUUUAUCCUACAAGUCGAGCCGAGUGGAAUGGUAGCGUACAUGCGCAACCCUCCAAAGGCAAAACAGCCGUACUUGUUAUGGAGCCUCACCGGAACGAGUUUAAGCUCAGCCACUGGAACCUGCGCAGGAUUUAGAACAGCAGUGAGUUUAUCAUCCGCAGGAGAAAUCAGCUUGGCAUACGAACCUGUAAGUAGUGGAGGUGGUAACCAGCAGCCGUGCGGCUCCUCCCGGAACGGAAAAAUAUUCCCAGGAAACACUACCAUGAGGUAUUUCCAGUUCGGAAACGAUGGAAUCAUCGUUUCUUUCAGGCGAGAAUUCGCCAAUGGAAGCUGGCAGCUAGAGACCUUAGAUCAAUAUUUCCAGCAACCGGUUCCAUGCGGGAGCUACGGACUGUUUGAGAGAGGAAAGCAGUGUCAGUGCUUCACCAAUGAAACAAACAACUCGACUACCUCGGUACCUGAAAAAUGCUCCAGGCCAGAAUGGUCCUCGCUUCAGAAUUGCAGCACCAGGUAUGAGACCGAUUUUGUCACCAUGGCAGGCACUUCAUACAUCACCGACAGCUACAAUCCUCCGAAUAGAACAGGUGCUCCGUUGGAAGAAUGCCUCGAGGAAUGCAAAUCCACUUGCAGCUGCGCUGCAUUCUUCUAUGACAGAGCACUCCAAAACUGUUUUUACGUGGAAGACGUUCUGGGAAGCUUGACACUUGAUCCAUCCAAGGCGAACCAGCUGGUGGGCUUUCUGAAGUACCAGAACUACUCCAGGUUGGUGCCUGUGGACCAUCCAAGAUCAGAAACUGCGAAGCAUAUAGUUAUCGGAGUUACCUCUGGAAGUGCUGCAAUUGCUAUUACAAUCCUCGCAGUGAUGUUCGCUGCCCUGCAUCGAAGAAACGUCUUACUCAGAGAGUUAAGCAGCUUUCUCACCCGUGUGGAGGCGUCACCUUUCCAAUUCUCAUACCGAGGCCUUCACUCCGCCACCAAAGGAUUCACAACCGUGCUGGGACAAGGAGGCUACAGCACCGUGUACGAGGGAGUUCUUGACAACAAGAUGAAGCUAGCUGUGAAGAAACUCAGCGCCCAACACGCACAGAAACAAUUCAUCGCAGAAGUCCAGGCCCUGGGAGGCAUAAGCCACAUCAACAUCGUCAAACUUCACGGCUUUUGUGCCGAAGCUUCACACAGACUGCUCGUCUACGAGUUCAUGCCCAAUGGCUCCUUGGACAGAUGGAUCUUCUCGGACAGCAAGAACAAACUGGACUGGAAACUUCGACACAGCAUUGCUCUCGACACUGCUCGAGGGCUGGCCUACUUGCACGAGGAAUCCAGAGACUCGAUCAUCCACUUGGAUAUCAAGCCACAAAACAUCCUCCUGGGUGACAAGUUUGAGGCCAAAGUGGCGGACUUUGGCAUGGCGAAGCUACUCAUGGACAAAGAUGAGAAUGGAGUUCUCACCGGAGUGAGAGGAACUCCAGGAUAUCUAGCUCCGGAGUGGCUCAUGCACUCCACAGCGACCAAGAAAUGCGACGUCUACAGCUAUGGGAUGGUGCUCUUGGAGCUCAUCGGCGGGAGGAGAAACCUGGAUUGCGCCAAGGUCGACACGUACUUCCCGGCCUGGGCCAUGAGGGAAGUCCAGAGAGGGAAUGCGAUGGAAGUGGUGGAUCCGAGCAUCCGAGCGUCGGCCGACGCGGCAAAGGCGAAGAAUUUGAUCCACGCAGCGUUUUGGUGUGUGCAAGAAGAUCCAGCAGCUAGACCUACGAUGGAUGCAGUGGUACGAAUGCUGGAGAGCGAGGAGGAGAUCGAGCCGCCGCCACUUACCUUCCAUUUCGAUGUCCAGGCGCCGGGGAUUCUCAGUAUCGCCGUGGAUGGCGAUGGCACCACAUUCUCCUAUCGUCAAGAACCCUAGCUGGAACCAAGAGCCCUAAUUUUUAAAUAGAGCUUUUGGCGCCAAGAUCAAUGAUCUUCGUUCUUGAGCAGGAUGUGCCGGCGCUCAACA